GCGCGCGCUUGGAUUGGCCGAAGUCUCGCCUUUCGUCCCCGCCUCGCUCUUCGCAGUCUCUCCCGCGUCUCCGCCUGUCACUCUGUCCGCUCGCUCGCCGAACAGGAGAAGCGCUCCCGGCAACGAGGCGAACCCUUGCGCGGCAGCCGACUCCGCACUGCUGCUGCUGCUGCUGCUGCCGCCGCCGCCGCCGCCAACAUGCACCUCUGCAGCGUCGCGUGGCGCCCUUUGGCCCGUCGCCUCACGCAAGGGGCUGCCCCCUUCGUCCGCGGACACGCACCUUUCCGCCAGAUGUCAUCUGGAAGCGUUCCUGGAUCUUCUGGGGAGAACUUCAUUUAUUAUCUGCUCGUUGCUGGUGCUGCUGCUGCAGGAGGUUUUUUAGCCUACAGAACCGUUUCUUCUGACAAAGCCAGGUACAACGAACGUAUCAGUGAAAUUCAGCAAAGAACUGUAGCAGAAUGGAAACCAAAACCGUGGCCUCCUCAGUCCUUAGAAAACGAUGAAACAGAAGCAAACGAAACUACUGCUGCAAGCGAAGAAGUAAAGGAUGCAGUUGAAGAAGAGACUGCAGCAAUAACUACUGGUGAAUCGGAAGUGCAAAAUGAAAAGCACACUGAAUCUGCAGAAGCACAGAGAGAAGAUGAAUCACCUGUUGAAGAGGCAUCCUCUGGUGUGCAAGAAGAGCAAGAUGCUCCUUCUAGCUCAGAGGCAGGCCAAACGCAAGGUUAACAUUACAAAUGGAAAUCUGUAGGCAUUUUACCUUGUAUCACAGGAAGCACUGCUUUGCUCGCGUUAACAUAGUAUUCUAUGCGGAAUAAACUUGUAUUUUAAAACCUUAAUUAAAUUUUAAUAUAAAUGAGAUGUGAUUUCAGCUGCAGUUUCCAAGUUUAAUUCAUACAACUUAUUUUAGGUAGUUUGUUGCAAAAUAUUUCUGGAAGAAGGAGCCCUUAUUUGCCAUUUGUGGUAGAAGGCUCCUGGUUUUGUCCAGAAGGAAUAGCUGAACAUGCCUAGAGAGUGUGUUAUAAAUAGAAUUGAGUGCAGUUCAGUGUGCUCUUUCCCUCCUAAAUGCACAAGCUGUUAGAUGCAUAGAGAGGCAUUUUUGCCCAUUAGAAAUAUAUUUACUAUUACAAAAUCUUGUGUGGUUUUCUUCUGCUGCCAAAUCCAUUGCCUUUCUGAAUAAUUUUUUUUUAA